AUGGCUCCUGUAGCCGGUGAGGGCGUGCCCCUUCUAUGGAUCACUAUUGUGAUGCUCACGCUAUCGUGGAUCUUUCUCAGUGCGCGUCUUGGAGUUCGAAAAUGGAAAAAUAAUCUAGGUUUGGACGACUGGCUUAUGUUUGCGGGUUUAAUUCUGUAUACGGUUACGGCUGCGCUGGUUAUUACGUGCUGUUUCCACGGAGCAGGUCAGCAUAGAGACGCUAUUGAAACAAAGGAUGUUAUGAUGGGAACAAAGCUCUUCUUCAUCGCCCAAUUCUUUUACUCCGCUUGCUCCGUACCGAUCAAGUCCAGCAUUUGCGUCACGAUGCUCCGAAUUUGCGAUGCACGCCGUCGAUUCGUCUGGACUCUAUGGGGUCUCAUCGGCAUGACUGUCAUCACCGCCAUCAUCUUUAUCCUCGCCACUGCGAACGUUUGCCAUCCGAUCACAACACUUUGGGGAGAAACGACACACGGCUACUGUAACACGAAGCUUAACAGCAGCGUCGGGUUCUUCUUUUCUGCUGUUUCGAUCAUCGUUGACUGGACGCUGGCUAUUCUUCCUGGUCUCCUGCUGUGGAAUAUCCAGAUGAAGAACAGGGUCAAGCUCCCAGUCAUUGUUAUGCUUGGACUUGGCGCUUUUGCCAGUUGCGCAACCGUCGUCCGGCUCGGCUACCUCACACUCUACAACAACCCCGAAGAAUUCAUGUACAGCACCGGCGCAAUCGGCCUAUGGUCUAUUGUUGAAGAGGGCAUCGGAAUCAUCGCCGGCUCAAUGCCUGCCCUUCGCCCACUUCUCAACCUCCCCGUGUUCCGCAGCACCUACGCCAGCAACACCGGCUCCAACGGAAUCUCGAGUCGAAUGAACCCACCUCAUAUCUCAGGGAACAAACAUACUCGGAUUGUUUCUAACAACCAAAAGUCGAGUUUAGAGUUGAAUGACUUUCGAUCGGGAAUGACAACACGAGUGGGUUUUGGAAACGACGAUAAGGUUAGGCAGAGUAUUGAUGAUGGGGAUAGUCAGAAAUACAUCUUGAAGCAGACGCGGGUUGUGAUGACGACUGAGCAAACAUAA